UGCGCGAGCUCGAUGGCGACGCGAGACCAGAUGGAGGCGGCAUCGUCGACCGGUGAUCUCGAUGUGGACGCGAUUCGAAGCCGAGCGAGGGAGCUCAAGCAAAUAUGCGGGAAUUGCACGGAGCACGCGACGGAUUUGUCCCCGGCCGACUUAGAAGAUUUGCUUAACCGAUGCGUUCUGGAAUUCGAGAGCGGAGUGAAGCAGAUUGUGUCAGGGUAUUCCGAUGUGAAUGGCUUGGGGCAAGAAGACUUGAUUGAAUGUGCAGAUGCGUUCUUAGGACAGUUGAAGGAGGAGCGGGAUGCAGUGCAAGCUGAAAACAAUAAAAUCUCUGAUGAAGUUGAGGUUAUCACAAGAUCCAUAAUGGCUGAUUCUAUUGCUUUAGAGAGUGACCUUGAAGGGCUGGAAUAUUCUCUGGAUCUUAUUCGCUCACAGGGUCUAAUAAAGGGAAAGGCUGGAAUGGAUAGUCAAUCGAGUUUGCUGAAUGCAGAUGUGUGCCACAAGUUCGAGGCCCUAGAUCUUCAAAGUCAAAUUGAGGAGAAAAAGAUGCUGUUGAAAUCUCUUGAGCAUAUAGACUGUCAACUAAGGAAGGAUGAUACAGUUGAACAAAUUGAGGAUGCUUUGACAGGAUUAAAGGUCAUUGAAAUUGAUGGAAGUUGUAUACGCUUGUCGCUGAACACUUAUCUUCCAAAAUACGAAAGCUACCAGCAGAAGAUGGAAGAGGCCAUUGAGACUGUGGAAUUGAACCAUGAGUUGCUGAUUGAACUUGUGGACGGGUGUUUGGAGCUAAAAAAUGUUGAGAUUUUUCCCAAUGACGUGCAUAUCGAUGAUAUUGUUGAUGCUGCAAAAGCUUUCAGGCAGUCAUUUUCAGAAUUGACGAUACAUCAGACACCACUGGAGUGGUUCGUGAGGAAAGUGCAGGAAAGGGUUAUUUUGUCAACCUUGAGGCGAUUUGCAGUCAAGACUGCAGCUAGAUCAAGGCACUCCUUGGAGUACAUUGAUAGAGAUGAAACUAUUAUAGCUCAUAUGAUUGGUGGGAUUGAUGCAUUAAUAAAGGUGCCUCAAGGUUGGCCAGUGCUGAACAUUGCACUGAAGCUCAAGUCAUUGCAGAGUUCAGAUCGUCAUGUGAGAAAUAUCUCUUCAAGUUAUCUUCGGAAGGUUGAGGAAGCAGCCAACUCUUUAGAUCCCCAGCGAAGGCAGAACUUGUCAAGCUUCGUGGAUGAUAUCGAGAAGAUACUUAAGGAUUUCGAAUUCCAGUCGAGGUAGAGGUUAUAACCAAGCCCGGGAUGUCACCAAGGUUAUAUAUCCUAUCUAGUUGCGUUCUAAUAUCAUGAAUCAUUCUCUCGGCACUUUUUUCUGGCAUGGUUUUAUACAAGUCUAUCCAUCAGGGACACGUUGUAUAAUUCACCAAGCAUCAUCCCAGAGACUAAUGGUUCGCAGACUAAAUAUUCCCCGGCAUAAUAUCUAUAUUGUUGUUCCAUCUUUCCAUGCCAUUCGAAAGCGAUGUAACUGCUGACAGUGUUUUAU